AAGCCACCGAUCCCGAUUGCGGCGUAAACGCGAUGGUCAAUUAUACCUUGGGCAGCGAUGGGCUGGAGAGCGAGCAGCUCUUGGUGCACAGCGAAACGGGCGAUAUUUGCGUCCGGUCACCCCUGGACAGGGAAACGGCGCCCUACCUUGAGCUACCCGUCAUCGCCACCGACAGAGGUGGACUGAGCACAAUAGCGAUCGUGCGCAUCCAGGUGACGGACGUGAACGACAACCGGCCGAUCUUCCAGCCUCGCAGGUACAACGUGACCAUGAGGAACGACAACUCGAUGCACGGGCCGGUCCUGAGGCUGGUAGCGACCGACCUCGACUCCGGUACCUUCGGCCAGGUCGCCUAUGACAUCAGCAGCGGCAACGACGCCGCGGUAUUUCGCAUCGAUCGCAACACCGGCGACCUGUACGUAGCGAGGCCGAGCCUGCUGUCUCUGUCGAUGAUGCAUCAGCUGAACGUCACGGCGACAGAUGCGGCCGGCCUGAAGAGCAUCGCCAACGCCGAGGUCAAGGUCACCGUUUCCACCGACUCGCAUAGGUUCGCCACCUGCGAGAACCCGCGCUAUAUCAUCACCGUUAAGGAGGAUACCUCGCAGAACACCGUCGUCGGCGGCGUCAAGAAUACCGCGACGACGUCAUCCUCCUCGACAGGCGUACGACUGAGCAGGUUUUAUCUGGUGAGAGAGGAAGCGGAUCUCUCGUUGGAUCCCACCACGGGGGUACUGAGGAUUCGACAGCCGCUCGAUCGGGAAUCACGUGACAAAUACGUUCUCAGCGUCGAGGCACGUAAUGGCGGCUUCGUCGGCUAUUGCCAGCUGGAGCUGAUCGUGGAAGAUGUAAAUGACAAUACACCGGUAUUCGGCACAAGCAACGUGCGCAUCUCGGUGCCGGAGUCGCAUUCUCUCCACGUGCCCUUGUACGUGGCGUACGCUACCGAUCCGGACAUCACGCCAUCGUCGCCGAUACGCUACAUCCUCGCGCAAAACAGUAACGAUCUCUUCGGGAUAGACGCGCAGUCCGGUGAGCUCUAUUUGGCGAGGCGAUUGGAUUACGAGACCCAGCAGAGGCACAGCCUCCUGAUAAGGGCUCUGGACGGCGAUGGGUACUCGGCGAACCUCAGCCUGAGCGUCGAGGUGCAGGACGUGAAUGACAACCCCCCAAGGUUCGAGAGGAACGAGUAUCAUGUGGAGGUUCCCGAAGGCGCCAGGCUCGAUUCCCAGAUUCUUCAGGUGACGGCGGUCGAUCUGGAUACGGGAAAUAACGCGAGGGUGAGCUACCGUCUUCAAGGCUCGCCCGCCUUUCGCAUCAACCCCAACACCGGCUGGAUCUACCUAGUACAGAACUUGGAUCGCGAAACAGUCGAUCGGAUCACUCUGACGGUGUUUGCGGCCGAUAACGGAUCACCCGCGGCGACCGCGAACGCCUCCGUGCUAGUGAAGGUUCUGGACGACAACGACAACGAUCCUCGUUUCGAGAAGGACUUUUACGGAUUCAAGCUUCUCGAGAAUCUUCCGUCGGGCACUCUGGUGGGCUCCGUGAACGCUACAGACCCCGAUCUCGACAAGAACUCGCUCCUCAGGUACUCGGUGGUUCAGUCCAACAGCAGCUUCGCCGUGGAUCCUGACACAGGCAAGAUCACCACGCGCGAGCCGCUCGAUCGCGAGACCAAGGAGGUGCACGAGCUGGUGCUGGAGGCGCGCGAUCAGGGAACACCGUCCAGGGCGACUAGAGUGCCUAUGAAGGUCACCGUGUUGGACGUCAACGACAACUCGCCCGAGAUCGUCGAUCCUCAGAGGGAUGUUGUCAGCGUCAGGGAGGAGCAACCGCCCGGCACGGAGGUCGCCAGGGUGCGGGCGCUGGACACGGAUUUCGGUGAAAACGCCUCGGUGACCUACAGCAUCCUGAAAGACCGAGACUCGGACGGCUACAAUGUCUUCACCAUCGACCCGAUCACCGGUAUGAUCAGGACCAAGGCCGUGCUCGACCACGAGGAACGCAACGUGUAUCGGGUGUCCGUAAAGGCGACCGACGCCGGACAUCCGCCGCGACACAGCGUUCGCGCGUUUCGGGUCGAAGUCUUGGCGCUCGCGGACAACCGGCCGACCUUCACCAGCAGCAGUCUUACCUUUAACGUACGCGAAGAUGCGAGUAUCGGGCACGCGGUGGGCUCAGUGUCGGGGGCGGGUCCCGCAGGUCGCGUGGCCUUCACCUUGGACUCGUUGACGCCGAUCAGCGAGUUUCCAGCUUUCGACGUCGACCGUAGCUCAGGUCAGCUGGUGGUCGCGCAUUCCCUCGACCGCGAGAACGUGAGCGAAUACCACCUGGAGAUCCGUGCGUUGGACACGACCUCGAUCGGGAAUCCUCAGAGCAUCGCCGUCUCCGUGAAAAUCAUAAUCGAGGACGCGAACGACAAUCCGCCGAGAUGGCCGCAGGAUCCGAUAACCGUUCGCGUGUCCGAAAGAGCGGCGAUUGGGUCGACCAUCUACAACCUUACGGCCAGCGACCUGGACAGCGGUUUGAAUGGCGAACUGCGAUACGGCCUCGUGGCUGAGUUCCCGUCGACGUGCAGCUUCGCCGUGGACUCCCUGACGGGCGCCUUGACAUUAGCCAAGUCACUCGACAGGGAGGAAAGAGCGGAGUACACCUUGAUCCUGAAGGCGUCGGAUCGGGCGCCACCGGGCGAGCAAUUGGCUUCCACGGUGACCGCGAGGAUCAUCGUGCUCGAUCAGAACGACAACGAUCCCGUCUUCGUUGCUCCAGAAUCCACCAAGAUAGCCGUCGCGUCGAACCUUCAACCUGGUGCCAGUCUGGUGAGAGUCGUCGCCGUGGACAAGGACUCGGGCGACAACGGUCAAGUGUCGUACGUGAUCAGCUCGGGCAACGAGGAAGGGCGAUUCUCCGUGGGCUACGAGUCGGGAAUCGUGAGCCUGGAGAAGCCCAUCGCGAGGCCCAUGGAUCUCGAGAUCACCGCCAGCGACCACGGAUCGCCACCUCGCAAGACCGUGUUGAAGCUAAGCCUGACCCCGUCGACGACGCGUGUAAGCGGGCCGCCCCGGCUGCUACUGCCCAACCCUGUCAUCAGGAUCUCGGAAAAUCUGAAGGUCGGAGCGGUGGUGCUGAACGUAGCGGGACCAGCGGUCGCCGAUCAAGGGAACGUCACCUUCACCAUACCAGCCGACAUAGCCUCGAACAAGUUCGCAAUAGCUCCUAGCGGUCUAGUCACUCUACGAGGCUCCCUGGAUCGUGAGAAAGUCGCGCGUUACUCCGUUUCGAUCUUAGCGAGGUCGAGCAAGCUGCUGGACAUCACCACCCUGGAAGUAAUCGUGAUAGAUGAGAACGACAACAGUCCGGAAUUCCGACCGAAUUCCUGCUACACUCUCGCUGUGCCGGAAAAUCAGGAGAUCUUCGGGAUUCACACCGUGGCCGCGAGCGAUCUUGACGAGGGCAACAACGGGGAGAUCUCUUACAGUAUCAUAGGUGGUAACAUCGGCUCCAAGUUCACGUUGGAGCCAUCGAGCGGCAUGUUGUCGAUGUUCAGUCUGGACCGCGAGACUAUAUCCAAGUACGUCCUGACAAUUUCCGCCAAGGACAAAGGAAGACCCAGUCUAGAAGCGCACUGCAAUCUCACCGUGAUCGUUUUGGACGUCAACGACAACGCGCCGACCUUCCUGCAGGAUCAAUACGCCGAGUCUCACUCGCGCGGCAACUCGCAGAGCUUGGAGUACGGUCUGUCGAACGGUGGUUUCCAAUCGUCCAACUAUCCAGCCAACUACCAUCUCGCCAAGUACGUGACAACCAUUUCGGAGGACGUUGCGCCGGACUCGAGCGUGAUGACCGUGAGGGCGACGGAUCCAGACCAAGGUGAAAACGGGAAGAUCACGUACGCCAUCGCCGAGGAGACGAGCUGGCUCUUCAGGGUCGAUAACCUGACCGGUGUCAUCACUACCGCCGGUUCACUGGACCGCGAACGGCAAAGCAGCUACACCUUCCUCGUGGUCGCCAUGGAUAGCGGCAAGUACGACGCGAAGAACACCUCGAUACCCGUUGAGAUUAACAUCAGCGACGUGAACGAUAACGCGCCAGUGUUCACGAAGUAUCCCUUUCGUAUGGACGUGUCCACCGCCACGCUGCCGGGCCAGAACAUCCUGCGGGUCUCGGCCCACGACGCCGACGAGGGUGCCAACGGGGAGGUCCUGUACUCGUUCUUGCACGAGGUGGAAAAACCGAAGUUUCGGAUCCACCCUACUACCGGCAUGAUAACGGCGACUCUGUCGUUAUCGCAGGACAACGGCAAGGUCUACCACCUGGAGGUGUUGGCCAGAGACAAAGGGAACCCGCCGCAGACUGCCAAAGGUCUGAUCGAGCUGCAUAUCGGCGACCGCUUGUCGGAUCUGGCACCGACCCUCAAGUUCCAGAACGACACGUACAACGUCAUCGUUCAGGAGAACGCAGCGGUUGGAACGGAGAUCGUCCAGAUCAUCGCGGUACGCACCGACGGUAGGAGGCAGCAAGUCUCAUACUCGAUCGCGUCGGGAAACAACUUCGGUACCUUCGCGAUCAACGAAGAUACCGGCCUGCUGCGCGUAAACGAACCCACUAGACUGGACGCGGAACUCUGGAACGAUUUAACGGUGAAUCCCUGCAACGAGCUGCCGGCCGACACGGGACGCACGAGUAACUCGUGGGGCAGAUCUUUGCAAGGCCAGCAGCCGAAGGAGGAGCCCAGGGAGAGCUCGAGGCACACUCUCAACGUGGUGGCUAGAACGGUGGGCCCGGAUGUCCUCGAGGCGUACGUCAAGGUGAUCGUCAGGGUGUCCGAUGUCAACGAUAACCCGCCGAUCUUCACGCAAACGCAAUACUCGGCCACUGUGCUCGAGGGAAAUGCCAAGGGAGACUUCGUUGUCAAGCUUUCAGCAAGUGACGCUGAUCAAGGGAUGAACAGCCGGAUCCUGUAUCAUAUAGUGGAUGGCAAUCCGGACAAUGCCUUUACUAUAAACCCGCCAUAUAGCGGAAUCGUACAGACUAAUAUAGUCCUCGAUCGUGAGAUUCGCGAAAAAUACAGGCUGACCAUCAUCGCGACUGAUCAAGGAAACCCUCAAUUAACCGGUACGACUGCAUUGAGCAUACGAGUGAUCGACAUCAACGACAAUCAGCCAACUUUCCCGGAACACAAUGCCAUCUCAGUCUCAGAGGGCGCCCCCAUGGGAAGCGUGCUGACCACCAUCACGGCGAACGACGUCGACAGCUCGCCGGUGCUGACGUACCGUUUCAGCAACCUGACGAGUCCGGGACCCUUCAGCAUCGACCGCUACGGCGGCAAGGUCGUGCUGCGGCAGCGUCUGGACGCCGAGACGCGCUCCGAGUACACCGUCCAGGUGAUCGCCAGCGACGGCAUCCACGAGACUAUGACCGACCUGACCGUACGUGUGACCGAUCUUAACGACAACACGCCGCGGUUCGAGCAGGCUGCCUACGUGGCUGUCCUUUCAGAAGGACCGGACAGCCUGCAGGAAAUUCUGACGGUGAACGCCACGGACGACGACCUUACGGAGGAGAACAGCCGGAUACGGUAUUAUCUGUUGCGACCCGUCAAGGGAUUUUCGGUACACCCUGUCACCGGAGUCCUGACGGUCAAUCGCACGGCGAUACCGAGGCCCUUGCCGAAGGAGUUGGAUCUGGUGAUCGUCGCGGAGGACUACGGCAUGCCGCCGGCGUCGUCGGUAUGCUCGGUGAUUGUGCGACUUAGCAGUUUGAAGAACGCCCUUCCUGGACGCGACCACAAGAUCACAGUGAAGGAGAGCUCGCCGAAGGGUACGACGUUGAUGAGGCUCUCCGACGUGGACUUGGCGGACGGGGCCAUCAUUGCGGGCGACGAUGGCGGAGUAUUCGAGAUAUCUAGGGACAGGCUGAUCCUCUCGAAGACACUUGAUCGCGAGACAACGGAUAUGUACACGUUGCGAUUGGGCAGCAAGGGCGGAAACAUGACGGCAGGCUCGCUGGUGGGAGACGAGCCGGUGAUGGUGACGAUCAUCGUGGAGGACGUGAACGACAACUACCCGCGCUUCCUGGAUGAGCUGUAUGAAGUAUCGAUCAAGGAGGACGCUCCGCACGGAAUGACCGUUGCCGUGUUGCGGGCCAAAGACGACGAUUUGGCUGGCAGCGCGGCGGCCACAUUGGUGUACGACAUCACCUCAGGGAACGACGGUGGCCGCUUCUGCGUCGAAAGGACGACCGGCGCUGUCUUGGUGAACUCCACGCUCGAUUGCGACAUUGAACCCGAGGUCUACAAUCUCGUGAUGAUGACAUGCGACAGCGACCCGGUGUCGCCUCGCUGUGCGUUGGCCAAGCUACGAGUUCACUUGGAGGACGUGAACGACAACUCGCCAAAGUUCCCCGUGUCCGAAUACCUCGAAUUCGUCGGCGAGAAUGAGCCGGUCGGUACUACCGUGUUCUCCGCGCGCGCCUCGGAUCUGGACCGAGGUAUCUUCGGGUCGUUGAACUACUCCAUCGUUUCCGCCGCUGCGACCGGCUUCUCCGACAUCGACGACAGCUGGAAGCUGUUCGCGGUCGACGAUAAGUCGGGUAUCGUCACCGCUCGCGCAGUAUUCGAUUACGAGCAACGGAAUCGGUACGCCUUCACGUUGCGCGCCACGGACAUGGGUGGUCGCACCGCUGCGGUACGUGUCAGGGUGGAGAUCGAGUCGAGGGACGAGUUCUAUCCGCAGUUCACCGAGAAGACGUACCGAUUCGUCAUACGCAACAUUGCCCAAGCGCUACCCGGCACGGUGAUCGGUCACGUGACGGCGACUGAUCGCGAUAAGGGGCCCGAUGGUCGGGUUGUGUACCAGUUGAUAUCUCAGCAUCCUUACAUCAAGCUGAAUCGCACUACUGGCGCAUUGAUCGUGAAGCAGAAACUGAUGCACGUCGACAUGAGCGCGGAGGAGUUGACGAAGUUGAUGGUAAGCGCGAGCUCAGGCAGGCAAGGCUCUUUGUCCAACAUCACGAUAGUGGAGAUCACCCUGAUGGAGGACGACGAGCCGAACGGAGCUCGAGGAGCUACUACUAUGGACAACGGCUUGAACAUGGCUAUGGCCACCGGCGGAGGCUUGGCCGACUGGGCUCUGGGCCUGCUGAUCGCCGUGCUUCUCCUCGUACUCGCGUUCGGCACCAUCUUCCUUUAUUUUCACAUUCGUAACCGCCGUCACAAGAAACCCGGCACGAAGCCAGGUCUGAGCGCGGAGAACAACGCUACCGCGUCCAACAGCUACGUGGAUCCGAGCGCGUUCGACACGAUUCCGAUCAGAAGCGUGGCUGGAGUCGGUGCGAGCGGAAACGGCAGCUCAGCCAGUGCCGGGGGAGCAGGUGGCGGCGCAUCCUGCCAGUUCGCUCCUCCCAAGUACGACGAGAUACCACCGUAUGGAACAUCCGGCCAAUCCGGCCAACAGCAGGCUACCUCCGAACUCUCCGGAAGCGAUCAGUCAGGCUCCUCCGGCAGGGGUUCCGCCGAAGAUGACGGAGAAGACGAGGAGAUCAGGAUGAUCAACGAGGGCCAGCAGACUGGCGAUUCCGCGAGCGACCUCUCUGUUCACAAUACUCAGGAAUAUUUAGCAAGAUUGGGCAUCGUGGACCCACCGGCCGGCACACCCAGGAGACCACCCGAAGCUCUACCCCUGGAUAGUCUGCAUCUGUUCGAGGACGAAGCUAGCACCGAGGCGGACAUCGCGACGCUCAUCUACGGGAAGAUCGGUGAAGCCGGGCGACCUACUUCCGGCUUGGAGGUGCCAGGUGGACCGUCGAUGAACGGCUCCUUGAGCUCCAUCGUGCAUAGCGAGGAGGAGCUCACCGGCUCGUACAAUUGGGACUAUCUGUUAGACUGGGGACCUCAGUACCAGCCGUUGGCUCACGUGUUCAGCGAGAUCGCCAGGCUGAAGGACGACGCCGCGAGCGUGCAGAGCGGAAACUCCGGCAGCAGCGGCAAGACCAAGUCUGUACAUAAAGCACCACCGCCGCCGUUGCUUACCUCCGUCGCGCCAAGGUCAUUGGCGGCGCCCGCACUGGCCAGAGGCAUUCUGCCGAGGUCGCCGAUCAGCCACGACGCCUCCACCUUCCCUUCCGCCGCGCUGAGUCCGAGUUUCUCACCGUCCCUGUCGCCCUUGGCCACGAGAAGUCCCAGCAUCAGCCCUCUCGUGCCGCCCGCCACGCAGAGGUCAAGUCAAAGUGCCAACCGAGGAAUUCCUGUUACCGACGCCGAGCUUAGGAUUUGAGGACCCUGUGUGAUCUCGCGUCCGGUCCGUGUGUGAUCGCGUGUACAAGUUUUAGUGUUAAAUCCAGUGAGAUGACUCGCCGGAGAAGUGACGCCGGUAAGUUGACGCGGUGCCUCGUGUGCGUGUAUUUCUGUUGAUACUUGUUGUUAGCCGCGAUUACGAGAUGCGAUGUGAAGCGGAAGACAAAGAAAUGUAGCUCUCUCUCUUCUGCGAUUUCUGCGCGAGCCACGUGACUCGCGGGUGACUCGCGGGUGUGUUAAUGAGUGAUUUUAUAAUUUAGGAGUUUCAAUUUGCGAGACUGACCGUCGAAAGGAGCGACGACCGGAUCAUUCCUUCGCGCAAACGCCACCUUCCCGCGAUUCAUCGUCACUGUGUAAUUAAUUAAUUAACGAAGCGUGAAGCGUUAGAUAGUCUCAAUUCACCGCGCUGCGAGUAAUGAAAUUAAUACAUCCCACUCUGCAGAUGGGCGAUGUAUGUACGACUGAUGAAUCGAUGUUCGAUUCUUUUUAUCACUUUUCCAUUCUCGUCUCUUUUGUAUUGUUAAAAAAUCAAUUGUUUUCAUUUUCUCUCAAUACUUCACCGAGUGUUUUUCAUUUAAAUUGCCCCUCGGACUCCGUCCCGCGUUCUCAUUCUUCGAUGAUUAACCUCACUUCUCGAUAGUUCACUACGCAACAGAUAUUUUUUUUAUGAGAAGGUGAAAAAUUAAUCGACUCUUUCCGACGUUUCGGACGUCGAUUCUAUCUCUCAAUAUCGCCCCGUCUCACUCACGAGCGGAGUGGUGUGCGGGAAAGCGGCGAUUGCAUCUCGACAUUGUCGUGUUUGGGGUACAAUACGGACGCGUCACUCUGGUUCCGAUUACGAUUGAUAACCGAGCCUCGAAGGGAGAUGCUUCCUGAACGGAAUGUGUUGUAAAUAUUCGCCGGGUGCGACGGCGUAUAGUCAUUAAGUAGCAUUGUAAAUAACAAUUCACGAGAAAUAGCGACGUUGUCAUAAUCAAAAGGAUAGACUGCCCUUAUGUAAACGGAAGCUCAAUGAUUGCGCCGUGUUCAUCGAGACGCGCGGAUACAUGUAUAUAUUACGGUAAUCUAAUUUUAUAAAGUCGAACCUCUAUCUCCCUCUCUCUCCCUCCCUCUCUCUCUCUCUCUCUCUCUCUCUCUCUCUCUCUUCUUCUUCUUCUACGUGGUUAAUGCUGCGCGACGAACACGGCGAUAUUAUUGGAGCGGAAGGAAAACCCACGCUACCACGAGCGAACUGAUCACACACCAGAUUUCGUGGCGGCGCGUCUCUAAAUAAAACCCUGUCUUCGUUUAUUAAUUGUUAUUUCGUCCUCAUCCCCCGAGCGCGAUCUCGAUGUAACGGGGGAUGGAAUCUCAGCCCCAGGCACAUAUACAUACGCACUGAAAACAAAAAGUAUAUAUAUAUAUAUAUAUAUAUAAAUAUAUGUCUGAUAUUUUGUAUAAAUCGCUCUCUGUACAAAGACUUCCGAGCUGAGGGCCUUCCGCGAUGUGGGCCUUAAAUAAAUGAAUUUUUUAGGAUAUUUUUAGUUUCUCUCUGAAUCAUAUCCUGACUCACCUCGCUCGGUCCUCAUCCGUGCGGCAGGUUUGUUUCGUCUUAUCUCGCGCGCUAAGGGGAAUC